CGGUUCCUUGACCUCUCUCCUUAUCCCACUCUGGCGCGGGUGUCCGCGCACCACCAGAGGCGUCGCCGCUCCAGCUCCUCCUCCCCUCCUGCACCUAUGCUAAAUAGCACGGUAAAAUCGCAAGCUCUGGGUCACUUGGUUGGUAAUGCGGCCAAUGCGGUGAGCUUCUGUCGAUAGAAGUUGGAAAGAAGAAAGAGUUUAAAUGGGGGCGUUCUUGAGCUCCCCCAACAGCAAGAACCAGCCAUGGGAGCACGGGGAAGCUCUGAGACCAGAUUCCUCCAAGAAGCAGCGGCUGUCGUCGAUUGCUCCAUGUGGCUUCGACCACCCGAGGCUGAUCCCCGGGCUGCCGGACGAGAUCUCGCUGCAGAUCCUCGCGAGGAUGCCGAGGAUGGGGUACUUGAAGGCCAAGAUGGUCUCCCUGAGCUGGAAGGUGGCGAUAACCGGCGCGGAGCUGUACCGGCUGAGGAAGGAUCUCGGCGUGGACGAAGAAUGGCUGUACAUACUGAUGAAAAAGGAAGAUGAUCAGAAGCUGGUUUGGCACGCUUUCGAUCCAGUUAGCAGCCAAUGGCAGAGGCUGCCACUCAUGCCUGGGAUCAGUCAUGGAGGAGAGUGCAAGAGAGGUGUCCCCGGGUUGCUGUUAGGCGAUUUGGUGAGUGCCGGAACCAGGAUCUCUAAUGUUAUCAGAGGCUGGCUUGGUCAGAAGGAUCUGAUAGACAGGAUCCCGUUCUGCGGUUGCGCCAUUGGCAUGGCAGAUGGCUGCCUCUAUGUCCUGGGUGGACUCUCUAGAGCAUCUGCGAUGAAAUGUGUGUGGAGGUAUGACCCCUUUGUUAAUUCAUGGCUGGAGGUGAGCUCGAUGAGCACUGGGCGUGCCUUCUGCAAGACCAGCCUGCUGAACAACAAGUUGUAUGUUGUUGGUGGUGUCAGCAAGGGCAAGAACGGCUUAACCCCGCUACAAUCUGCAGAAGUAUUUGACCCAGCAACAGGGGUUUGGGCAGAUGUGCCAAACAUGACAUUCUCCAAAGUGCAAGCUCUACCGACCGCUUUCUUGGCUGAGCUGCUGAAGCCAAUUGCUAUAGGAAUGACCUCAUACAAAGGGAAGUUGUAUGUUCCUCAGAGCCUUUAUUCUUGGCCAUUCUUUGUUGAUGUUGGUGGGGAGAUCUUUGAUCCCGAGACGAAUUCAUGGGUAGAGAUGCCUGCGGGAAUGGGCGAGGGUUGGCCUUCAAGGCAGGCUGGGACAAAAUUAAGUGCUGUUGUAGAUGGGGACUUGUUUGCUUUGGAGCCAUCAACUUCUUCUGAUAGAGGUAAGAUAAAGAUUUAUGAUCCUGAAGAGGAUACUUGGAAGGUUGCCAUAAGCCAGGUACCUGUUGGGGACUUUGCCGAGUCGGAAAGUCCAUACUUACUCGCAGGAUUUCUCGGAAAGCUCCAUUUGAUCAUCAAGGAUGUGGAUAACACGAUCAACAUUUUGCAAACGGACUCUCUGAAGCAACCAGCCCCUUCAGCUGGCACGACGUGCCAAAACCCAGAUGUCUCCUUGGAGCAGGAAACAGAUAUAUGGAAAGCCAUUGCGUCGAAGAAUUUUGCGGCUGCUGAACUUGUCAGUUGCCAGGUGCUCAGCAUAUGAGUUUGUAAAAUCGUGCUGUUCUGCUUUACUGUGUGGAUCAUUUUAUCCAGUUGUGGAGUAGGUAUGUUUCUACCGCACAUCUGAUGCCAGAUACUUGUUGGGGCUUCAACCUUAAAGAACAGUUGAUCCACAUCGUAAUUUAGGUACACGAUUAGUGAACUCCAGAAAGUAUUUUCUGCCGGCAAUGUACAUAUGUAUGUGCAAUAUGUGUAAUUCAAUUGUGGAAGCGUUUUCUUCGACUCUGUAUAUGUAUAUAAACAUCACAUAAUAUUGGAGAGGGUCUUGUUGCUUU